AGAGCGCGGAUCGCGGCCCGGCCGCGCCGCGCCGCCCGGUCCGCGCCUUUGCGGCGGCACCGCCCGGGACGGGACGCGCCGGGAUGGGAUACGGGACGCGCUCCGGACACCCCGCUACCGCGGCCCCGCUUCGUGGUUCCGCACAGCCGGGCGGGGAACCCCCGGGGAGCUCAAGGGUUUGGGCCGUUUGGAGAGCACGCUGUGAAYGCCAGCUGGAUUGCAGUGCAGGAGCUGGAGAAGCUGGGGCUGCGGGAUGACGUGGAUCUGCACGUCUACGAGGUGCCCGUCGAGUACCAGACAGUGCAGAGGCUCAUCCCUGCCUUGUGGAAGAAGCACAGUCCCCAACUGGUGGUUCACGUGGGAGUGUCCGGCAUGGCCACCACCGUCACCCUGGAGAAAUGUGGCCACAACGUGGGCUACAAGGGGCUGGACAACUGUCGCUUCUGCCCGGGCUCGCAGUGCUGCGUGGAGGGAGGCCCYGAGUGCAUCGACUCCAUCAUCGACAUGGACGCCGUCUGCAGGAGGGUGUCAGCGCUGGGGCUCGAUGUCACCGUCACCAUCUCCAAGGAUGCUGGCAGGUACCUGUGUGACUUCACCUACUACACCUCGUUGUACCAGAGCCGUGGSAGGUCAGCGUUUGUCCACGUGCCCCCGCUGGGAAAACCUUACUCGGCAGAACAGCUGGGCCGGGCCCUGCAGGCCAUCAUAGAGGAAAUGCUGGAUCUUUUGGAGCAUUCUGAAGACAAAAUCAAUUGUCAGCAUGAACAUUGAACCUGGGCWGGAGCUCUCCUAGUAUUGCACUUCCGAAAUUUUCCCCGCUGMCGAAGUGUUGAGGGGAAAAAAAUUAAAAAAGAAAAAAACAAACCCAGUUCCGGACCCAGAACUGGAGACUUUGAGAAAAAAAAAAAAAGGAAAAUUCCACAAAUUCCACUUCUAGAAAUUAACUUUUUUUUUUUUUUGUCGAAUCUGUGAGUUUCAGCCUAAGCAACCAAGGAUUCAAAGGCUCUUCUCUCAAAUCCCUGCAGCUCCUCAUUCCUGAAGUGCUGGGAGCUUCCAGGGGAUGGAUCCUCACCUGGCAGAUCCACGGGAAUUUCCUCACCUGGACUUGGCCUUUAGGUGCAGGGAAUUGCUCCCCCAGUCUCGUCAAAACUGAUUCUUGAGUUAAAGGUUUGCUUUCAGGUGGUUUCGGGUUUGUUUUCCCCCCUCUUCUGACCCGAAUUCGAGGUUCCAACAAGGAAAAACACCUGGAAAGAGUCAGAAUCACCAGGGAUUAUUUUGGAAAAUGGUGUUUGAGGAGCCUGAAAUUGCUUUGCUGAAAUGGAAAAUGAUUUUAGACACUGAUUGCUCACCCCACAUCUCCAAAUAUCCGUAGGGUCUCUGUAGCUGCAGUGGAAGGGAUGUGUUUGGGGUUCCUUUUGGAACCCAAAUCCAGCUGGAUUUUUUUUUGGAGCCUGACUCCUAAAUCUUUCCAAAUGUCUUUUUCCUGCCUCUCUCUUCUCCAUCUCCCUCCCUCGAUCAACCUUGUACCUCCUGUACCAAACCCCUCUGUUCAAAUGUGUCUAAAACCAGUCAUUAGUGGGUAAAGAGCUUUUAAAGAGUGGGUAAAGGGCUGCUUUCUCCACGGGAGAUCUUUAUCCUGGACCCGUGGUGCUCGCUGCUGUUUUAAGGUGAAAGUUCAGUAAUUUAUAACUUCCUUAGCUGUAGAUUUUCCCUCUUGUUCCAGGCUGGGAGAAUAAUGUUUAACUGAGAUUCCAAUUCCUCCUUGAUUGGGUGGAGGCAUAAAAAUGGCAGAUGAAAAAAAGAAACCCUGCCCAAUCAAAUCUUGAAUUUUCACCCCAAUCCCACUGCCUGGAAACCAGAGGUGAUGAUUUGAAAUCAAGGAAUUUUUGCUCAAAAUGAGGAUUUUGGGAGCAUUCCCCUCCUGAUGGGAGGGUGCAAAGUGGUGCUGCUUGGGAGAACUUCCCCAGGAAUUGUUUUGGGUCCACACAGGAUCUCAGAUUUCCUGCCAAAUGAUGAAAUUCCAGCAAAACCCAGGUGAAAUUACCACAGGAACAGAGUCAGAAUUGGUGACUGAGGCCUCGUGGAAUGAAGGAGGCUGUGAUAGGAAUUAAUGCUUUCACAAAUAGAUAUAAAUAUAUAUAAAAACCAACAUUUGGAAAGGUUUUAAACCCCCCUGGUUUGGAUUUCUCUGGUGCUGACUGGCUCUGCUAUUGUAACUCUCAGUGAGAGCUGCCCUGAGCUCGCCAGGUGAUUUUCUGGUGACAAAAGGACAAARCCACUCCUUGUAACCCUUGAGACAGGACAGAGACUUUGCAGYUGUGAGAACUCUGCUGAGGGAACCCGAGCAGGAAGAUUUUUUUUGGACAGACCCAAGGAAAUUCCUUCUCUGUUCACUCUCCAGGCUUUCCUGCUCAGAGGAAUUUGCCUUCGAGUGAAAUAUUGUUGUUCCCRUCAAAUCUGAGGUAGCACUUGUCAGACUUCCUGAUUAGUAAUUUAUUCUAUUUAAUAUUUUGUUGAAAUCUUCGUGCUUUGACACAGCUUUUUGGUGGUUUUUUUUGUGAUUAGUUGAGCUUUUUAUCCCAUAGGAUUAUUUGUCAGUGAGAAGUUUUUAUCCUGGGUGUUUCCGUAGCUGCUAAACUUGGGAAAGGAGAAYUAYCUGAGCUUUGGCRAUGGAGGAAUUCCCAGAAAAUCUAYUUCAUUUUUCAUUUCACAUGUAAAUGUGAAAGCUGUGGAUGAAAUGGGAGUGGAAAAUCAGACAGAUUGGCCAGGCCACACCAAAAUUCCGAGUGUGGAACCUCAGCAGGGGUGGGAAGAGUCGGUUGGAUCCAUGGAGGGGUCUUGGGGUGGGAUCAGCAUCUCCAGUGAGAUAUUCCCAGUCUAUCCCAGUCUGUCCCAGUCUGUCCCAGUCUGUCCCAGUCUCUGCAGCCCGGGAGCACUGGGAGAUGGCCCAGGAUGAGCUCAGGGCUCCGGAUCCUGCAGCGCAGACGGCAGCAGCUCCGUGGGCUGUGCUCCCUCCCACACGCGUUCGCUCAGCCUGGAGAGGCAGAUCCUGUUCAGCACCUAAAAAUAUUCCAUCCCUGGGUGCUCUGUGCUGUUCCAGGGAAAAUCCAGAGCUGUUUCCGUGCCUGCAGUGCUCGGCUUUGGCUGUGCCAGCGUUCAAAAUCCCAUUUUUUUGGGAAUAAUUCCGGCGCUGCUUCGAGCUGGGCUUUUCCCCCCCGAGCUGUUUUUGGGAAGCUCCACGUGAUGGGUUUCUUUAGAAAACAUAAUUUAUUUUAUAUUCUUUUAUUUUGGGGGGGGGGUGGUUUUGGGGGAAUUAGUCCUGAGGUUGUGUUUAUAAAAGGUGUCUUGGUGGUAGAGAAAUUUCCUGUAGGCCAACUUGGGGAAAAAUGGCAUUAAACUAAUUUUAUUUAAUAUGACCUAAAUUUGGUCACAUCCUUUGGGGUUGGGGUUUUUUUUUAUUUUUUAAAAAAAAGCUUUUUGUUCAAUUCACAAAGCUUUUCCURCAGAUCCAUAUUUUCUUUGGGAAUAGGACAUCAAACUGCUGCAGAGCUUCAAAAAGCUGAUAUUUUAUGUAAUCCUUUUUGCUUUCCACAUCACCAAUUAAUAGAAUUUGCUAAUUUGCACUGAUUAGGAGAACUGUAGCCAACCCCAAAAACCUCGUGCUAGUGAGUAAAACUGGAGGAAGUUCAGGUGGAGAGCUCCUUCCUGUGUCUGUAAUUUGGGAAAAUGUGGAAAAUCUGGUGAAAUUUUUGGAUGCUGUGACUGCAAAAUUKUCUGUGGGGAUAAAGGUUUGGGGAGAAACAGGGGCUGAGGAUUUUUGGUGUGGAAGAGAGGAUUAGGGAGGUUCUGCUGGAUGGGGUCUGAUGUCAUUUAUCUKCUUGGAGCAGGGUCUGGCCCACGCUUUUGGGGAGUGUUUGGGAUGACAAUUGAAUUGUCCCCAUCCUAAAAUGCUGCAGAAGGUUUUGAGGAACUCCAGAGACUCGGAAAUGUCUGAAUUUGGUGAAUGAAACCUUGGGAAUCUGCUUUAAAACUCCAGGAAAAUGGGACUGGGAGCUUGGGAGGCUCCAGACCUCAAAGAUUCCUGUGGGAUCUGAUGAUCCUUAGGAUCCCUGAGCGGUUCUGUUGUGUUCACCUGGGGCUGUUUGGGAAUUUUGGGGGCAUUUUUUUGUGGGGGAGAACAUCAGAAUCAGCUCCCACAGAGCAUUUCACCUUCUCUGGAGCAUUCCCCAACCUCCCAAAACCGUGGGAGAGGUGGGAAAGGAUGGAAAGGUCAGGAAGAGGGUUCGAGGUGUUGGGUGUGGUUGUGACAUGAAAAACUGCUGAGCUUCCAGAGUUAUUCCAGAAGAGACCAGAAUUAUCCAGGAGGGGCCAGAAUUAUUCCAGAAGGGGCCAGAAUUAUUCCAGGAGGGGCCAGAAUUAUCCCAGGAGGGGCCAGAAUUAUCCAGGAGGGGCCAGAAUUAUUCCAGAAAGGGCCAGAAUUAUCCAGGAGGGGCCAGAAUUAUCCAGGAGGGUCCAGAAUUAUCCCAGGAUGGACCAGAAUUAUUCCAGGAUGGACCAGAAUUAUCCAGGAGGGGCCAGAAUUAUUCCAGGAUGGACCAGAAUUAUCCAGGAGGGGCCAGAAUUAUUCCAGGAGGGUCCAGAAUUAUCCCAGGAUGGACCAGAAUUAUUCCAGAAGGGGCCUGGCUGGGGUUUCCAGAGUUUCAGACAUCAUUAAAAAAAAAAUAAAUUCACCCCAAAAAGGUGGAAAUUUGGGAUCWGUCCCUUCCAAGCCAGUCCUGGGAUUCUCUGACUCGUUGCCCUGACAGGCAGAUUCUUUUAGGAAUUUUUUUAGGAAUUUUUAGCAGGAGGAGGAGCUUCUUCAAACCAAAAAUGGGAAAACCCCAGAAAAAAGGGGGAAUUGUGCUGCAGCAGCGAUGACAGUCUGGCCGUGGGGGUUUGAGGUUUUAUUCCUUGUGACUCCUGAAUCUUUUUUAACUUCUGGAUUUCUCCUGAAUUUCUCACUCCAGCCGAGGCUCUGUGGAGCUGCUGCAGGAGGGAGUGGUGGUGUCUGAAAUCUGACUGAAAAUCGGGAUCUUUAGACGAAAAAAUUACUUUCUGUGGGGCUUUUUUUUUUUUCAUUCUGAUUUUCAGAUUUUACCCCCAUAGUGCAGAAAAAAUUGCCAGCCAUGAACUUGUACAGAUCCUUUCCCAAAGUAACUUCCUCCCCUUUACCUCCUUUACUUUAAUACUUUAUCCAAUAAUAUUUUAAUGAUUUAAUUUUAUUUUAAUGAUAGGAAUUUCAGAGUUGCAAAGGCUCUUUCUAACUUUAUUGACUUCGAGAAAACCCCCCUCCCUUGUUGAUACCAUAAAUACUCAUCUUGAUCUAGAUGGAUUUGUUAUUUUUGCACCAGAACCCCUAAUUUUUUGCAGUCUAAAGUGCACUUUUUUCAUAUAAAAAGAACUUGUAUUCCUGUUGGAUGAGUGUCUUAUGUGCUGAAAGGGAUUUUCUGCCAAAGCCCCAGAGCUGAGGACGUUUUUCAUUCUUYGAGGUGUUCACUGAAACCUGGGACCUGCUUCUGCUCCAUCUCUUUUCAGACAAAAACAGGGAAGGAAAUUCCUCCCCACCMGUAGGAAUUCAAGAUGGGAAAUGAAACUAUCACUGCCCUUAAAGAAAACUCGGUGGUUUUUCAAAACCCACCUUCAGGUUUUCUACCGCACCAGCCUCUUCAAUCGUUCCAAUGUUUACUUCGAUGAUCAGGGAGUGCCUUGUCCUGCGCUGGCCUCGCGUUUUUGGGAAGCAGAACGGCGGCCGUGGGGAUGGAUUUACCYGAAAAUGGGGUGGAAAAUCGGGCUGGAAACCCCUGAAUUGGUAGAAAUCCCCUUUUUAAUCCCUGGAGGGAAUACCCCAGGUUCUCUGAUGCUCACACACACAGAGGAGCAAACAGAAAUUGCAGAUUUUUUGGGUGGGUUGGCCCAAUUCCCGCGGGUUUUGCCGUCUCCUCUCGGAGCGAGGCGUCAAUCCCGACCCUUUCCCGGUGUCACUCAACCUUGUGAACCCCCAAUGUCCGUGUGGGUGUCUCAGGUGUCACCACCAUCGUGUUUUUUGGGGACUCUGGGCUCCCCGGGGUUUGUGUGUCCCCGUUCCGCGUGUUCUUGCAGUGCCUUGUCCAUCCCAGCGACCCCGAGCGCUGUCGGGGACCGGUGCGGCGCUCCCGGCUCCUCCUGCCAGACUGGACUUUGUAACUGAGGAUGGAAAGCCCUGGUUYAAAGGAAAUAAAGAGUUUGACUCUGACUCUGU